AUGGAUGAUACUGAGAAUGGUAGUUCAGCUGAAAUCAAACAACAAGAUGGCAUUGACGAUAUUAGAAGUGGGCAAGUCUGCUGCAAUGAUGAUGAAGAUGGCGACUCGGCACGCCGCGAGAAGGAUAAAGAGCCCCCAUCACCUCGUCAAGCUUCUGCUGCAGUCGAUAUGACAGGAUCUAUCAAGUUGCCAACUUCAGUAGUUUCUAAAUUCAAGAAGCGCUCGUCAAGGAACAACAGUGGGACACAGCAGGUUGAAGAAUCAUCAACAAGGCCAUCUCUCUCCAAACAACGGUUCCGAUAUAAUGGCAGCAACGACGAGGACAGCAGUAGUCGAGGUUUUGAUUUUUCAAGUGACACGGACCUUAUGAGCGGAGAAUUGACGGUUCAGCAAAUCCAUGAUCAGCGCCUAAAACUUUCAGCGCAGUCCACCACUAAAAAAGAGGCAGAAGCAGCAGCUCUUCCAGUGGCGCCCAGCACCCACCAGAUUUCAGCAUCAAGCUCGAAAGGACCCAGAACAAGGACUGUCGGCAUGCCCAUGGGACCUGGGGCAUAUUCUGUUGCUCCUUCCAGUAAUGAUGUAUCGGUUGUACGAUCGAAAGACAGUAGUGAUGAUGAUAGCGAUAUUUUGGGCAACGCUGAUGAUAGCGAUAGUCCAUCGUCUAUAAUGCAAUUGGAAGCUAUUCCAGUGGACGAAACUCUUGAACAAGCCAAGAUGAAAGAAAUGGAGGAGCAGAUGAACCUAGAGAUCUCACGACGCCUUUCUCUCGAACGGAAAAUAACAGAGGAGCGUACUACAGGCACUACAGGACGGCGACAUGGCAAAGGAGACUGGGCGGCAACUAAUAAGGAGAGGAUGCCAAUAAUCAUGGCGAUCCUUAUCCUCGUCUCCGGGAUAUCGGUAGGAAUAUACUUUUUGGUUGCGCCUGCACCAAAGGUUGAAUCACCAUCCAGCAGUACAUUCUUCUUUUAUCCUCCUCCAACGGAAGAAGAGUGUAGUGCAGUCAAGAAUGGAACCACAGUCCCGGAUCAAGACAAGUACUUUCCCUUGAUGAUGGAAAUUACAAUGGAUGUGUCCUUUCGAUUUCCAUUGACAGAUGAUUCUUCUAUUGAUGCAGUCCUAUUGGAAGUGGAGGACAAUUCUCGAUCCGUAUUUAUUCCAACUGUGCUGGGAUGCACCAGUAUCAGUCAAAGUCAAGAAUACUUCAACACACAAUUCACACCAGAUCGCUAUGUCCUGGCCAAUAUGGACAUUAGAAAUGUGUCGAGAAGUACUGUGGAUUGCAAAGCUGGAGAACCAGAGCCCUGUGUCCGAGCUGUGGUUCACUAUAUUGCAUGGCUCAAGGGUGAGACUGAUGUCUUCCGAAUGAUCUCUUUUGUACAAAGAAACUUUGGGCCAAAGCUAAUUCAGGAUGUCAGCAGUCAUGGCGACGAAAUCCUGAAGAUGUCGUUGGUUUCGAUUUCAUCGCCCGGCCAUGAUGAUACUCUUCCAAGUGCAGUCGAUUUCUUAUUCCCGCCACCAACGGAGGAAGAAUGCGAGGCUGUAUUGAAUGGGCAACCCGUUCCGGAUCAAGACACAUACAUUCGACUCAUGGUGGAUACCACAUUUGAUGUAUCCACCUACGGAGCGGACUACUAUACCAACGAUACAGUAUUGCUAGAGGUUCAAGAGAAAGUUCAAUCCAAUGCUGUUCCAACUAUGGUGGGAUGCACCACCAUUGGUCAAGAUAUCGCCAACAGCACCGACCGGUACAUUCUUGCCAAUGCUAAAGUCACGAGGGUGAUGAGGAGUGGUUUUGAAUGCGAGCCCGAACAUUUCCAGCCAUGCCAACAACUUGUGAUUCGUUUUUCUCUUUGGUUAAAGAGCCAAGCCGAGUUGUUUGAUCUGGUUGCGACGUUGCAUACCAAUUUCCGGCCCAUUUUGAUGGAAUCGAUCACUGAUAGUAUUAUCAUUCGGGAGUUUGUAUUGGUGUCAAUAGGUCCAUCACCACUGGAUGACGAUCACGAAGAUAAUCACAAUCCUAAGGUGGACGUUUCACCAAGUGUUGAUUUGCUGUUUCCACCUCCAACAGAGGAACGCUGCGAACAAUUUUUGAAUGGCACGGCAAUCGCAGAUCGAGACAGGUACUUCACCAUUGUAGCAGAUGGAGUUAUUGACGUUUCCACUUACAAUUCAUGGGAGGAAUCCUUGGACGUUGUCCUACUGGAGCUUCGAAAUCAAUUUGAAUCAACUGUGCUUCCCGUACUGGCUGGAUGCAAAGAGAUAGACAAAGAUCUGCUGAAGGGCAAAAACAUGACAGCGGAUCGUUACAUGAUGGCGGAUGCGGUUGUACUGGACGUGACCAAGAGCCCUUCGGAAUGCAAUGCCGAGGAACCUCAGCCUUGUGUUCGAGCUGUUGUUCGUUUGCAGAUGUGGGCGAAGAUGGAAGUAUCUAUCUUUGAGAUUAUUGCCGCCAUUGAUCAAAAUUUUGGACCCGCUUUAAUUGAGCAAAUUGGAAGCGAUGACAGUGGUACUGACAUCAUCAAGCAUGCUGAAAUGGUCAUACUACUUCCGCUGCUUUAA